AUGCGUUCACUUUUCACAACCGUGCCUGCAUUGGCAUGUUUGUAUUCAACCACAUUAGCUGUACCUCACAAUCCUAAGCUUGAUAGAAGACAAUACUAUGGCAAUCCAGCAAGCACUGCCGCAGAUCGACAAGCUGCCGUGAAAGAGGCAUUCACAUUUGCUUGGGAUGGAUACCAAAAAUAUGCAUUCCCUCAUGAUGAACUACAUCCAAUUGCGAAUAGUUAUUCGGAUUCAAGAAACGGAUGGGGUGCCUCUGCUGUUGACGCAUUCAGCACGGCAAUUGUGAUGGAAAUUCCAGAAAUUGUGGAUACAAUUUUAGACUGGAUCCCAACUAUCGAUUUCGACCACACUUCUUCUCAGGUUUCGUUAUUUGAGACUACAAUUAGAUAUGUUGGUGGAUUACUUGCAGGUUACGAUCUCCUCAAAGGUCCUCUUUCCAACCUCAACUCAAAUGAUACGGCCGUCGACGCAGUUCUCAAACAGGCAGCACGCCUAGCUGAUAAUCUUGCGUUUGCGUUUGAUACACCAACAGGAGUACCAUCUAAUAAUGUUUAUCUCAAUCCUCCCCGUACCGACGGCUCUACCACAAAUGGAAUAGCCACAAUUGGCACACUAGUUCUCGAAUGGACUCACUUGUCUGAUUUGACCGGUAACAAGACUUAUGGUGAACUUUCACAAAAGGGUGAAUCGUAUUUGUUGAAUCCGAAGCCCGCAUACAACUCGCCAUGGCCUGGUUUGCUCGGUACAAACGUGAAUCUCAACACGGGACUUUUCGAAGAUGCCAGCGGAGGCUGGGUAGGUGGCGAUGACAGUUUCUACGAGUAUCUCAUCAAAAUGUACGUGUAUGACUCGACUCGAUUCGGCGAAUACAAAGAUCGAUGGAUCGCAGCUGCAGAUUCAUCCAUCGAACAUUUGGCUAGCCAUCCUUCAACUCGUCCGGAGUUGACCUUUAUGGCUGCUUAUCAAAACAAAACACGUCUUUUUGUUUCUGAGCAUCUCGCUUGUUUCGACGGAGGCAAUUUCCUCCUUGCAGGUCUCGUGCUCAAAGAGCAAAAGUACAUAGAUUUCGGACUUGCACUCGUCGCCGGCUGCGAAGACACAUACAACAGCACACUCACUGGCAUCGGACCCGAAGUCUUCCGAUGGGUAGAAAGCGACACUCCUACCAAUUCUUCCACCAAUCCUCCUCCAUCCGCCGACCAACAGGCAUUUUAUGAGAAAGCCGGUUUCUACAUCACCAACUCGGAUUAUAUCUUGAGACCCGAAGUUCUAGAAUCUUUCUACUAUGCUUAUCGCGUCACUGGAGACCAGAAGUAUCGUGAAUGGAGUUGGAAUGGAUUUGUGGCUAUUAAUGCGACAGCUAGAACUGGAAGUGGAUUCGCUGAACUCGAAAAUGUCAAUGCGCCUAAUGGAGGUGGAUUUAAUGAUUUCCAAGAUAGUUUCUUGUUCGCAGAGGUUAUGAAAUAUGCAUAUUUGAUUCAUGGAGAUGAUGAGGAAUAUCAAGUUGGGGGCGGUGGUGUAAAUAAAUGGGUAUUCAACACUGAAGCGCAUCCUCUCAAGGUUGCUGGACCACCUAUUUAA